ACAACUGGUAUCCAGAAUAUACUACGAAAUUCAUCUCUAAAGUUCGUCUCUAUUUAUAGAUAGAUCAAGCCAUUCUUGUCAUAACACUGCGGCAUCAGCAAUUCGAGCGCUGAGAUUGUGCUCCUCGUUUGUUAGGUUUUGAUUCUGCAUCAAAAACAGAUAUUAUGGAGGAGGAAUCGAACAAGUCCGCAAUUCAAAUUGAAUCGCCGGCGCCGCAAUUCAAGAUUCCCGUGGACUCGGAGCAGAAGGCCACUGAGUUCUGGCUCUUCUCCUUAGCGGCGCCGCACAUGCGCGCCUUCCACCUCUCCUGGAUCUCCUUCUUCUGCUGCUUCGUCUCCACUUUUGCGGCGCCGCCCCUCCUCCCGCUCAUCCGAGACAACCUCAAUCUCACCACCACUGACAUCGGCAACGCCGGCAUCGCCUCCGUCUCCGGCGCCGUCUUCGCGCGGCUGGCCAUGGGCACCGCCUGCGACCUCGUCGGCCCCCGUCUCGCCUCCGCGUCCCUGAUCCUCCUCACCACGCCGUCCGUCUACUACACUUCCAUCAUCGACAACGCCUCCGGGUACCUCCUCGUCCGCUUCUUCACUGGCUUCUCGCUCGCCGCCUUCGUGUCCACGCAGUUCUGGAUGAGUUCGAUGUUCUCGGCGCCAAAGGUGGGGCUGGCGAACGGUUUCUCGGGCGGGUGGGGCAAUCUCGGCGGCGGCGCCACACAGCUCAUCAUGCCGUUGGUGUUCGAUCUGAUCCGCCACAUCGGGAGCACGGAGUUCACGGCGUGGCGCGUGGCGUUCUUCAUCCCGGGCGCGAUGCAGACGGCGUCAGCCAUCGCGGUGGUGAUGCUGGGCCAGGACCUGCCCAACGGCGACUACCGGAAGCUGGAGAAGGUCGGGGACAAACACAAGGAUAGCUUCCGGAAUGUUCUCUACCACGCGGUGACCAACUACAGGGGUUGGAUCCUGGCGCUCACCUACGGCUACUGCUUCGGGGUGGAGCUCACCAUCGACAACAUCAUCGCGGAGUACUUCUUCGACAGGUUCAACGUGAACCUACGGACGGCGGGGAUGAUCGCAGCCAGCUUCGGGCUCGCAAACAUCGUGUCUCGGCCCGGCGGCGGUGUGCUGUCGGACUGGAUGUCGCGGCGGUAUGGUAUGCGGGGGCGGCUGUGGAGCCUCUGGGUGGUGCAGAGCCUUGGCGGCGUCUUCUGCAUCUUGCUAGGGAGGAUGGACAACAUCGCGGCUUCCGUCACCGUCAUGCUUCUCUUUUCCUUCUUCGUUCAGGCCGCCUGCGGCCUCACCUUCGGCGUCGUCCCCUUUGUCUCCCGCAGGUCGUUGGGGUUGAUUUCGGGGAUGGCAGGAGGCGGAGGAAGCGCGGGGGCAGUCCUCACUCAGCUCAUCUUCUUCAAAGGCAGCAAGUACUCGAAGGAAACAGGAAUCACUCUGAUGGGCAUCAUGAUCCUCUGCUGCACGCUGCCCAUAACGUUCAUUUACUUCCCGCAAUGGGGCGGCAUGUUUUGUGGCCCUAGAACGAAGGCUACUGCGGAGGAUUAUUACGCGGCGGAGUGGACUGAGGAGGAGAGGGAAAGGGGUUACCACUUGGCCAGCAUCAAGUUCGCAGAGAACAGCGUUAGAGAAGGUGGUAGAAGGGAGACUUCGCCCACUGUUCCUGUGAAUGAAACACCAGGCAAUGCUUGAAAGUCUUUCUUCUUUCUUCCUUGUCAAUUUCCAUGAAAUCUAGUUCCUUUUGAUGUAUUAUUGUAUCUUUGAAGUCUGGGAACGGAUCGGGGGAAUUUGGUUGGAGAUUUGUGAGUUCUCCAUUUAUAACUAAAACAAACAAUUAUGCUUGA